CAUCUUUUCCACUCAUUCACAUUCAUAACGUCCCACAAAAAUUCCCCUUGUCUUCUUCCCUUUCAGCAAGCCAUGCCCCUCGACGAGGCCUCCACCCUCAACCCACUCUCCGGCCCCAAACUGCUUCUUCCUGGAUCCUCACCAAUGCCUGACGGGCCGAGCCGCUUCGACCGCUGUUCAUUACCGCGCAAAGUGCUUCACCGUAGAAUCCCUCUGCAUGACAUCACUCAUCUUGUGAACGAAUUUGAGAGGUGGAAAGAAGAACACAGUGGAACUUUGAUUCCUCCUAUGGAUGUAUUGCGUGUUUGGUCUCGUAAACACGGUGAAUCUUUGUCUUACAUUGUCGAUCUGGUUACAAGGUUGUCAAGAACUUCACUAUCUGUAGAAGAAGUAAGAGAACCAGAACCCCUUUUCAACAACUCUGUUGAAAAAGUGAAGAAGGAUCAUGUGGAAAGGCCAAGAGGGAAGAAGUCAGAGAGGGACCGAAAGAUUCGUACAUUGAUGUCCAUGAGAUAACUUUUGAUUUUUGAAUCAUAGUUAGUGAAUUCACAAUUGUAUAUUUCACUUGUGUCCAACCUCUGGAUCACAUUACAUC